AUGCCAGUAAAAUGUUGUUUCCACAGAUCAUCCUCUAAAGAAACAAUGGCAUGGAUGGAGUCUGUGGACACACUUUUGGCCAAUAAAGAUGGACUGGAUGCAUUUAGGGCUUACCUGAAGUCAGAAUUCAGUGAAGAAAACAUUGAAUUCUGGUUGGCUUGUGAAGACUUCAAGAAAACAAAAUCAGCUGCUAAAAUUGUCUCCAAAGCCCAAAAAAUUUAUUCCGAGUUUAUCCAAGCAGAUGCUCCUAAGGAGAUAAACAUCGACUUCAGUACUAGAGACCACAUCACCCAGACUAUUUCUGAACCAACUCUCCAGUGUUUUGAUGAUGCUCAAAGAUUAAUCUACAGUCUGAUGGCUAAGGACUCUUUCCCACGGUUUCUAAAAUCAGAAGCUUAUAAGGAACUGGCUAAGAAGCAAGAGAAUGGAAAUCAGAAAAGAUGGUUGCCAUUUUUGUAAUGGUCAAGUUCCAAAGCAAAUUUUGGACUCUCUUAACAUAAUCACAUUCAAAAGUAGAUACAACAACAUGUUCAGGGUAUUUUGUAGGGAGCAGGCACAACACUCACACAUUGACCUUAAGUUAAAUUGCCCCAGCGCUAAACUGUAUCUUAUGCCAAAA